GGGCCGUGCGGGGCUGUGGCGGCCAUGGCGGCCGCCCCGGAGUUCCACCUGCCCCUCGCUGCCGCCGAUCUGCUGCGGGAUGGCGGCCCCGGGCGCUACGUGGUGCAGGAGGUGCUGGCCGUCCGCGACCUGCCGCCCGCACUCGCAGCUUUCCGGGCCGCCUCCCGUGCGCGGGGCGCGCUGGCCGUGCUGGAGCACUUCGACUGCGUGUACAGCGUGCUGCACCACUUCCGAACCGUGGGCACGGCUGUCAAGGAGGACGCCCUGGAGCUAAUGAUGCACGUGGUGUCCCAUCAUUCCAAUGAACUUCCCACUAUCCUGAGUGACUCUGGGCUGAGCCAUGCAGACCGGGCUGCUCACCUCAAUGCUCUUAAGAUGAACUGCUAUUUGCUGACUGGCCUGAUGGAUGCCUUUGAAAUGGAAACCUGCAAGAACAGUUGCUCGGAGGCAGAUCCUGGUAGGAAGAACAGGAAGAACCAUGCCAAGACUUCUGCAUCCUUGUGGGAAGAGGAGAGGCAGCCACUUUUACGGCUGCUUACACAGCUGCUGCAGCUGGAUCUCCGUCAGCUUUGGGGUGGUCUAGUGGUGGAAGAAGAGUUUGUCAGCUUGAUGACGGGCAGCUGCUACCGUAUCCUGGAGAACCCAAGUAUCGGCCUUCAGAGGUACCGGCUCACUCGGGAGGCUGUGACACACCUGCUUGCUGCAGCUCUGCUUCACUGUGACCGCAUGUUCAGUGCCACUCUGAAGAUCACACAGAUGCUGCAGCACUUUGAACAUGUAGCCCCAGUGUUUGCUCAGGCUGUGAGCCUCUGGGCUAAAGAGUAUGGUCUAAAAAGCCUGGUGGGAGAACUGCUAAGGGAAAUUGGACAGAAAUGUCCCCAGGAUUUGGCUCGUGAGGCUUCUGGAGUCAAGGGUUAUGCUACUUUUAUAAGUGAACUGGCUGAACAGAUUCCAGCUCUGGUGCUCUCCAACAUGAGUGUUCUCCUGCCUCACUUGGAUGGGGAGAGUUACACGAUGCGAAACGCCAUUCUGGCAGCCAUGGCAGAAGUGCUGGUGCAGGUGCUGAAUGGUGACCAGCUGGAGGAAGCAGCCCGUGGCACUCGGGACAAGUUCCUGAGCAUGCUGCAGGCCCACGUGUGUGACGUCCAUAGCUUCGUGCGCAGCCGCGUGCUGCAGCUCUUCACUCGCAUCGUGCAGUGCAAGGCCCUGCCUUUGACUCAGUUUCAGGCUGUGCUGUCGCUGGCUGUUGGGCGGCUCAAAGACAAAUCUGUCUUAGUGGUUAAGAAUGCAGUCCAGCUCCUGGCUGCGUUUUUGUCCAAUAACCCCUUCUCCAGCAAGUUAAGCUGGACUGACUUGGAUGAGCCACUAAAGAAAGAAGUAGAGAAACUGAAAGAAAUGAGGGAUCGUAGCAGACCCAGAGCAGUAGCUCCAGUGAUCACCCCAGAGGAAGAGUGGGAAGCGAUGCUGCCAGAAGUCAGGGCUGCCACACAGCAGCUCUUUCAACCACUGCAGGAAGGGGAAGAGGAAGUGCUGGAAGUUGAAGAAACAGUGGAGAGGACAGUGGAGCAAAUCACUAGGCUGUUGAAGAAGCUGAAUUACAAGAGCGCAGCCCGCCUUACGCAGAAGGCCCUGUGUCGCUUCCAGGGAAAGGAACCUUUCGUGGGCUCUGGGGAGGAAAACGAGGAAGCAACAAUCCUGGGUGUUCUGAAGAGACUUUACACAGGUUCAUGCCCAGGUGAGAACAGUGAGGAUCCUCCACAUGACAACAGCAGUGACAAGAUUGAAGAAGUUGUACAGGAAGAGCAGCCUCAAACAGAGCUGGUCAAACAGGAGAUGUUGGUGCACUACCUGCAAGAUGCUUACAACUUCUCAGUGAAAAUCACAGAAGCUCUGAACCUGAUCAGCAAGAUGAUGUACGAAAAUUCUGUCUCAGUGGUGCAGGAAGCCAUUGAGUUCUUCGUGGCAGUCUCACAGUUUGGCGUGCCCCAGGCACUGCUUGGAGUCCGCAGGAUGCUGCCCCUCAUAUGGUCAAAGGAGCCUGGAAUUAAGGAGGCUGUGCUCAAUGCCUACAGACAGCUCUAUCUGAGCCCCAGCGAGGAUUCCGAGAGGGCCAAGGCACAGGCCCUGGUGCACAAUCUGUCUCUCAUCAUGGUGGAUGCAUCACUGGGAAUGCUACAGUGCUUAGAGGAGAUAAUCUCGGAGUUUGUGCAGAAGGAUGAAAUCAAGCCUGCUGUGACCCAGCUGCUUUGGGAGCGAUUCACGGAAAAGUCUCCGUGCUCGGCGCUGGAGCGCCGCGCUGCCGUGAUGCUGCUGGGGAUGAUGGCACGAGGAAAGCCAGAGAUCAUAGGUACCAACCUGGACAUCUUGGUGACAGUGGGACUGUCUGAGAAGGCAUGUGAAGACUACAGGCUUCCUCAAGAAGUAUGCAAUGUUAUUUCCAAGCUUGCCAGUAACCCUAAGCCAGCACUGGGGAAGAACAGUGCCCCUUUUCGACUGCCCCAGAACCACAUGCUCUUUGCUUGCCUGAGUGAGACUGUGAGUAAAGGCUUUGCCCAGCCAAGCAGUCACUGGAUCCCCUUCAUGGAGGCAGCUGUAACACUCAUCUACCAGCUGGCAGAAGGGGCAGAGGAGAUCUGUGCUGACAUCCUGCAUGUGUGCAGUCAGCAAGCUCUGGAGAAGCUGCAGGAGGAUGAUGAGCAGAAAGCUGAUGCAGGGGAUUCUCCACACAGAGUCUCUGAUGGUUCUGGCAGUCUCUCCACGUUUCUGCUGCUGCACCUGGUGGCCCUUGUGGGACAGGUGGCACUGCAGCAGGUAGCAUACUUGGAAGUGUCACUGAGUGCAGAGCUACGCAGGCGCCGCCUCCUCAAAGAGGAGAAGACCAAGAAGCAAUCUCACACCAGCACAAAGAAGCAGAGACCCCAGAGCACAGGGAAUGAGUCCAAUAUGGAGGAGGAGCUAGGCCUUGUGGGAGCCACAGCUGAUGACACCGAGGCCGAGCUCAUCCGCAGUAUUUGUGAGACAGAACUUCUGGAUGGGAAGCACCUGCUCUCUGCCUUUGUUCCACUGGUGCUGAAGAUCUGCAACAACCCUGGACCCCACAGUGACUCGGCGCUGUCAGCUGCUGCAGCCCUCACUCUUGGCAAACUCUGCAUGAUCAGCACUGAGUUCUGUGACUCCCACUUGCGUCUGCUGUUCACCAUGAUGGAGAAGUCCCCCCUGCCUGAUGUGAGAUCCAACCUCAUAAUUGCAGCAGGAGAUCUAGCCAUCCGCUUCCCCAACCUGGUGGAGCCUUGGACAUCACAUCUCUAUGCCAGGUUGCGGGACCCCUGUCCCAGUGUGAGGCAGACGGCUGGGCUGGUGAUGACUCACCUCAUCCUCAAAGACAUGGUCAAGGUCAAGGGCCAAGUGAGUGAGAUGGCAACUCUGCUCAUAGACCCAGAGGAGGCAAUCGUGGCAGUGGCUCAGAACUUCUUUGGUGAACUGGCCAGCAAGGGUAAUGCUGUCUAUAACCUGCUUCCAGACAUCAUCAGUCAUCUCUCGGAUCCUAACAGCAGCAUAGAGGAGGAAUCCUUCCACACUAUUAUGAGACAUCUGUUCUCAUAUAUUACAAAAGACAAACAAACAGAGAGCUUGGUGGAGAAACUUUGUCAGAGAUUCCGGACUGCCAGGCUAUUCCCUUGCAGCUCAGCUAGGAAAUCAGUGUGUUCAGCUGAGAAGUUGGGAUCUUUCUAGCAGUCCUGUCUGGGAUGAUCUCAACUAUCAAGCUGAUACAGGCCUGUCCUUGUUCUGUGUGCAUGGGCUGCUCAGUACCAAGUCUACAUCUGGGACUCUGUUCUGGGUUUUUUAUUAUUAUUAUUUUACCUAAGGGCUUGUGCCACCAUACACUUUGGCUUUUGCUCUGCUCCAUCUCCAAGAUGUGCAUACCUUGCUUGUACAUUGCUGAUUAUAGAGUAUAGAGUGCAGGACCCAUGCUGUAAAUCUGGGAUGUAAUUUUGCUUUCUGGAUUUUAAGGCUUUUUUGCUGCUUUUCUCCUGCUCCCCGAGCUGUAACUUCACUGACCAGGCAUACACUUUUUGUUUCUUUCCAAGAAGAAUAAUAAUAGAAAUUUAUCUCCUUCCAUUCCAGUGAGAUAUCUUAAUUUUAGCUUCCACUGGUUUUGGUGUACCCUGCUUCCCUCCAUUCCUGUGGUUUUCCUUUUCCAUUGUUGUGGCUUUGCCCUUGAGAUUUAAGCUGUCUGCUUAUCUUGGCCAUUUGUGCACAGUGCCUGGGCAUGUGACCUGCUCAGCUGCCUCAGGGAGUUGCAUAUUUCCCAAAAUAUUUGGAUUUUGUUUCCUGAGAAAGAGUGGAGGCUGGUCCCUCUCUCCAGCUCCCAGGAGCACUGGUGAGCUCUUCUCACCACAUUUGUAAUUAACUGUCUGUGUGUGUGUUGUCUCACUUUUAGUAGAAUGCCCUGAUAUUUCUGUACCACGAAGGUGAUGAGCUUGGUGCACACUAGUGGUACUGCUAGAGCAAGACUCUCACUCCAAGCUAAAACAGGAGCUUCUCAGAGCAGAUUUGCAGCCACCAUCACCCUCCUCAGCAUUUCUGGACUUCUAAACAUAGGAACUUGCCAGGUGUCAUUCAGACUACAGGUGGAAGACCUGGAUGCUGCAGCUUUGUUCUCCAUCUGUCUGGGCUUGAGCAGAGCAUCCUGAGACAGCUUGUGCUGGACAGACUUGAGGCCCUCACUUAGUGUAUAUUAAAAACAGGGGCUUUGGCUUUGCUUUUUCCCUUUCCAUUCCAUCACAGUGAUCUACAUUAGGGAUGUUGGUUUGUGCUUUUGUUUUUCCUUCCCUUUGGUUUUAUUCCAGUAACUUUUGCUGGAAUUUGAAUGUAGUCAUUCUCUGAUGCAGCAUUUGUUAUUUGCUGACUUUAUAACUUAAUGACUGUGACCUUCUUUAUGUAACUAACCAGGAAAGGGAGAGAGAACAUCAAAUACAGCUUCUGCUUGAGAUCAUCUCAAACAUGCAAAAAUGAACAGCCAGGGGGGUUUGUUACAUGGUUGAAAUAAGGCGUUUCAAGAGGAGUCCUGACCUCACUGAGUCUUUUCCUCCUGGUCAGCAGUAACCUCUGACAUUUUUCAAACAAGUGACUGUGCUCUUUAGCAGUGGAGCCUUCAUGUUUUUCCAACAGGCACUAAGUCAGUGUCAUGGAAUACAGUGGUAGUUAUCUGUGGUAUGGCACAGCACCCUGUCGCUGACCUGUAACAGAACAACCUGAAUCUCAUGUUGUCCAGGGCAGAAGCACCUGCAGGAAAUGCUGGUAGUUCUGGAUGGGAUGUGCUCAUCCUCACACACCCCUUUUCGUAGGAGCUAACGGUGAUCUGUGUCUUUGCCAGGACUGAGCGUCAGUAUCGGGAUCUGUCCCACUGCCUUGCUCUGCUUCCAAUCUCGGAGCGGGGCCUUCACAAGCUGCAGGACAACUAUGAC